UUAGGUCUGGCAGUUAAUUUCGCGAGUGAAUGAGCAUAUUUAUGUUUAAAAUCCUACAUCGUUGCCUUGCAUUGAGAAAGAGUCGCAUAUGCUAUUGAAUCACUGUUGAAAAAUAGUACUUGAAAUAGAUAAUCUAUAGUUAAUCUAUUUUUAAUUGCAGUUAUUUUUACAUUUUACAUUUUCGUUACUUUGCUUAUAUAUAAUUACAUUGUAAUAGAAAACAGAUAUCAUGGAACUUUAAAUAUUUGAUUUCAUUCCAUAUUGCCCAGGUUUGUGUAAACAACUGAUGCAAAUCUUUAUAUUUAGAGCUUUAUCAACAAACGUUGAAGUGUUUUUAAAACAUACUGAAAACACUUGCUAAUGCCGAAUUUACACGGUUCAUUAAUUCUCAAUUGCAGUAACAAUACAGCUAAUGAGCCACAUUGUAAAAAAUAAAAAUAUGGUUGCAGGGAUAUAUUGGUACAAUUGAAUCAAAGAUGGAAAUUUCCGGAAAAAAAUUAAUGAAACUUUUAAGAGAGUAACUAAGAGGUAUGUUAUGUAGGCAAUGUUAGAAAAUGAAGAUAUUGUUACUGCCUAUAGUGUUGUUGUUUAUAACAAACACUGCAUGUUGGAAUUUAAAUGAUAUAUAUAAACAGUUAGUUGAUGGAAUUAAAAAUGACAAAACUGAUAACCGGAACUACGAAAAACGAACAGAAACAAAUCCCCAUUCUACCGAAUGGAAGCAAAGGUCGUCGUCACCAGAAAACGUCGAGGUUCAAUCCUAUGACGUAGAAACGAAACCAAUCAAAAAGAAUGUUCCAUCCAAACCCGAAGAAAAAGACAUCGUUAUGGCCUCCUUUAGACCAACGGAAGCGAUAUCAAAUUUUCAACAUGGUGAUUCUAUUAUGGCUUUUAAUAAAAAAUAUGGUGGAAAAAAACAACAGGUGUCGGCCUGGUCCGAGUGGUCUCAAAAAGCUGCUGACCCAGCAGCAUUUGCGCCUAUAAAACCCGAAAUUCAUAACCAAGCAAGCAAAAAAACAGAGGAGGCUAAGGUUAAACCAAUUCAGAAGGUUCAAGCAGUACCCUCUUCUCCCAACGUUCACAACAAUGACACUAUUAUAAACGAUACGUCAGCACAAGUAAAAGCUGGUGAGACUUCAACCGCAUCAGAAAAUUCUACCAUGCAUUCCUCGCAAAACACGAAACUAAGCGACACUCUUCAAGUAGCCAAUGUAAAGGAUCCUGCACGAAAACCAACCCAGGGUGUUGAAAAACUAAUGCAUAGAUCAGACACCUCCAGGGAACCAGUUUAUAAUAAUAACGCUGACAAAGAUUUGAAGUAUCCAAGUCCAUCAUUUGAGCUUGGUUCGCAUUAUUCUGCGUUGUCCUCACCAUCUUAUGCCUCCUUAAAACAUGACGAACCUGCUCCUACUGCGCCAGUUUUAGUUGCAACUAAGAAGACAACUAAAGUAGAAAAGCCGACAGAUGUUGGUAUUGAAAACACUAAACUACUAACUGAAAAUACACCAACCAAAGGUUUUGCUCAAGCAAGCGAAGUUAAAAAUGCAACAGGAGUUGAGAUGAAGGCAGAAGAGAAUCAGGAAACGGCAUCUAUGUCGAAAGUAGAUGAAAACAAAGAAAAAACGAAAACGUUUGAAAGUAAAGAUAGUAAUCUAAAACCGGAAGAGAACAAAGAUGGAAGUGUAUCACCUACUAGUACGCCUACUCAACAGGAGAAUCUCAAGACACAACAGACAGCUCCACAACAGCAGCAAGUAUUGCAAGAUCUUGCAGAUUUGCCUAAUAUUCGUGGUAUCAUGUCAUCGAAUUUCAUUGAACAACCCUUUAAAUUAGGUGAAUGUAAAAUUGAUGCCAAGUCUGGCGUAUGUGGAGUGAAAUUGAUUGUCGAUAAGAAUACGUGCGAUGGUAAAGUUUCAUUUACCGCGCUGAUGGCUCGCAUUUUACCGAACGUUGAUUUAGCAGAACCAUCAAACGAGCUUAUUGUUCAUGGUAAAUAUGAUGUCAACGACUUUACAAUUGAUCGCUGUAAAGGGCACAUAUCUUUUAAUCUAACAUGUAGAGAGCUUUUAGAUGUUAUACCAAAUAAAUUAAGACUUUCGAAAGCCAGAAUGCAUUUAAACUUUAGCUACGAGCAAACACCAAAAGCCAUUGGUAAUUUUGACAUGAAGAUUGCUGGAGCGUUAGAUCUAAGCAUGAGAAACCGACGCUUAAACGCAAUUGUGGAGAAACCAAUGGCAUCGACACUUUUUAAAAUUGAAAUGAGCACAACAGAUUUGGAAUUGCCUGAGUUUACACGGUUGUUUACUGAAGAAGAAAUUGCUCAACAGGAUCUCCCACCAGAUUUAGCAACACUUGUGACUUCUUCUCUAAGAAAUCCGAGAAUAACAGGCUUAUACGAUGAAAGUGGUGCUUUUGAAUUUCUCGCUGUUGCCAAAAGCCCUGCGUCUAUAUUUCCAUCACAACCUAUGGUUUAUGUCAUCAUACAAAAGCCACGGCUAGGGAAAGUAGUUUCUGGUUUAAUAGCAAGUUUCGACAGCGCUUUGUAUCAGUCAUUUUUAUCGAGUAUACUGAAUCAAGAUUUGUCUAAAAUACCACUGUUCAAUGACGUCAGAACAGACAUGGCGAUUGGUAUUUCACCGGAUGGAUUAUUUGUGGUCAAAGAUGAUAAUUUUAAUAAAGAAGUGGGUUCCUUAUUUAACACUGGAAAGACAAUUAAAAAGGGACUAACCGUUAAGGCUCGACUACCAAUAAAAAAAUUAAUAGGUGAACAGAACAGUCAGAAUCUUCCAGAGACCAUAUUAAUUAACGUUGAAGUUAAAGGCAACAGGAUGCAUAUUGAGUUUCCAGAUGAUUUUCAAGUGCCCUUAUCUCGAGUUGCUGAAUUAUUUGCACAACGUGGGCAGGAUCUGAACAUACCAAAACAAACGAAUAUUGAUGAUACACAGCUACUCAUAAAAACUUAUGAAAUUGACAAUAUUGAUAAGAAGUCGUUAACUGUACAUUUCACGUCAAAUACACCUAUGAAAAUCGGUUCUUUAAUGAUAUUGAACAAUGUUGAAGCUAACUUGAAACGUGAUGAGCUCUCUAAAUGGACGUUUGUUGCCUCCGGGGAUUAUAAACUUGGGGCAACUUCUGUUUCUGUGUCACUCACAGGUCAAAAUACUGGAUUUUUAAUUACAAGCAAUCCUAGUUCUAUAAGGUCAGGGUUGUUAGUAGAUCUGUUGGACCAAAAAAGAGCUGUUAUUAAACCUGAGAUGACUAAAUACCAUAUGGAUGAUUUUGUUAUUGAAAAUUUUAAAGUUGCUGGAUCAUUGACGAAUAAAAAUAUUAUUAGAUUCUCAGGAAAACCAACAGUGUUUGGUGUUGAGGAUGCAAAAAUAGAAUUCAUUGCGACAGAAGAAGCCAACAAAGAAGACGCUUUAGCAAUGGGUACCUUGUUUAGAAACGUCGAUCUAGAUUCUGUGUUCGGCAGAAUGCUUGAUCGAAAGAUGCAAAGGUCCAGUUGGGCAACCGGCGUCAAUAUAGGUCUUAUUCUUAGCAACUCGAAGACACCAGGCGAACUUCAAUUUGAGACUGAAGGUCUAAUUAGAACAAAAAUCAUGCCAGGUGCUCACCUUCGUGUUUUACUGAUGCGUCCUGAAGCCACUCUAUGUAAGGGAGAUUCACUGUGUCGGGUUUUAUCAUCAGAAAUGCCACAUGGCAGCGCGUUCCAUUUAGCGGGAGCAAUGUCGAAUGGUGUCCUAAGAUUAAGUGCACCAAUUAACGAUGCAAUUACAUUGUCAAAGUCGCUCCAACUGCAUGGGUCGUCAUUACAAGUUCAUGUGGUGGAUAGUGUAAAUAUUUAUGUUUUGGCUUCUCUUAAUUUACGAGGAGUGGCUAUUCCAUUUACAGGUGAUAUGCGUGUUGACAAUACUGGUCAGUUACAACUUAACAUGGCCUCUAAAGACAACUGGGAGCAACCUUUUGGACUAAAAAAUAUCCAAUUUAGUAAUAGCAAUCUAUCGGCUACGUUUGAACCAGGUUUACCCGUUCCAACAUUUGAUUUGAAAUCAAAAAUAAUUUUUGGAAAGGAUCCUUCCGACGCAGUUAAAAGUGUCGAGGCUAUUGCAAAUGUAAAGCUGAAUAGUCAAGAUCCUUCCAAAAACUCAUUUACAGCAAACCUCAGAGAUGUCUCAUUUGAAAAACUUGCCUCAGCAUGUGGAACGAAAAAGCCUCUUCUGCGUUUUCAACAAGAAGCAGCGUUUACAGAAGAUGCUCUUUUAACUUAUGACCAGAACAACAAAGAAGAACACGUGGAAGGAGGCGAAAACAACAUGACUGAUUAUGAUUACAAAGGAGAGCUCAAAGUAACAGGACGUAUGCACAUUCUUGGUCAAAAUGCAGAAUACACCAUCAAGUUCUUACAUCAGGAAAGUCAACUUUUGACCGAAGUUUGGUUACCAGAUAUAGGUGUUAACCAGGGCAUGCUGACUAUACGUGCGGGUUUGAAGCAACAAAAACCAGACAGUGAAAUACAAACUAUUAAUGGACCCACAUUGCUUAUUCGUAUGGAUCCUUUUACUAAUUCUGCUGUUAUUGUUGGAAAAGUAUCCACCCUUGGGUUUUCACGUAUCAGUGCAAUUAAGGUUGAAGAUAAUGGUUUUUCAGCUAAGAUAUUUGGUAGUUUACCAGGAAAUGUCAAUUCUGAUAUUUCAUUACGAUCGGAUUAUACAGAAAACAUACAAAACGCUAAUUUUCAGGCUUCAUCAUGUCUACCAAUUCAGCAACCUAUUAAGAGCGAACUAUACAAGCUCUUGCAAGAUACAGCAACAAAAACAAAAAAGACAUUGAUUUCAGCUGAAGAACGUGUGACCACAACUGAAAAAAUUUACGAAACCACAAAAGCUAUGAUAGAUAAAAACAAAAAGAGAUCAGCAGACUACACCACAGAUAUUCGACAGAGAGCUGAGACAAUGACAAAAUUGAGAAAAGGAAUCAAGAAGCAUUGUGUAAAGGACUGUGGAAGUUCUUGCAUGGGAGUUCCAAGCUGGAAACGAAGUGGCAUCUCUUUAAAUGGUAGAAACGUUAUUGGCGCGCCAUCUUGGGAUUCAUGUAAACAAAAGAUUCCAGAUUUAAAUUGCAUUACAAGAUGUCUAGGUCGUAAGGUUAUUGAAAAUGUCAAAGCAAAUAACAAACAAAUUGAACUUCAGGGUCUUAUGAGUUCAUUAGCUGAUACAAAAAGAUCUUUACAAGAUGCACGUGCCCUGGUUGAGCGAGCAAGAAAACUCGUUGAUUCAACUCUAGACGGGCUUGAAAGAGUAAACAAGGAAAUCAAAGUUGGUGUUGACAUAUCAAAGUUUCUUAAUGAGGGAAAACCUGACGAAGCCAUCGUUAUUCGCCAGGCUUGUUUUAAGGAUAGUUUAAACAAUGCGGAAAGAUCUCUCGUCAAAUUCGAUGUCGAUCUUAACUUAACAAAUGAAACGAAGAAAUUCACAGUCGCAGCAGCUUUGGAUGGCAAUUUAGAAAAGAGUAUUGCAGAAGGAAUUGCUAACCAAUUAUAUCCGGGUUAUUUUGAAUUCAGUAAGAAGCUGGAACAAGUCAAGGUAUUGUUAAGCAGCUUGGAUGGAGAGAAAGCAGAAAUUGAAAAGGAGAUCGACAAAACAUCAGAUGGUUCAUUAACAACUAACCAAAAAAGUCAAAUUGUUUGGAACAGCGAGGAAGAUGAUUUCAGAAAGUUAGCAUACGGAGAACUACCUCGAUUUACUCUGAGUGAUGACGAAACCAUACAUGCAUUCGAGGAGAAAUCAAUAUGGCAGAUUGCACCACAAAAUAAUCCAUUAUUUGAUCAAGCACCUGGUGACAACCAAAUAGUUGCAAAUAAAAACGCAAGACCAAAAUCACUUGCUGAAGAGUUUGACAAAGAAACAGAUUGUGGCAAAAUCCGCAGCAGUGUCAACAGAUACAGUGACAUCAUUAAUCCAUUGUCGGAAUUCACGGAAAACUUCUUGCAAGAAAAAAUCAUGUUUUAUCGCCAAAAAAAUCGACGAUUAGCAGACUUGCGAAUGAUUGAUGAUCAAAUCAAGUCAGACUGUUUCCUUGAGAAUUGUACCAUGGAAGAUAUGGGAAAUGCAUUAUCAUAUCUUGCAAGAGCACGAGAGGGUACCUUAAAAUGGUCGAGUGUUAUUGAGAAUCAAAUUGAAGAACAGAACAAAGUGGCGCUGAACUACUUCUCGAAGCGAACAGCUGACAUUAUCGAAGCCGAUAAAGGAGUUUCUUUACGUCAGUACAUUGCAAAAGUUAAAGAAUUUGCUCAGAGAGCUAUCAAGAAAUCUGAUGUUGCUGAAAAAUCCGAAACAGAUGAGAAAAUCCAGAAAUUAGCCAGGGAGCUCCACAGCUUAUUACUUGGCGUAAAAAAUAGCGAAGAGUUAUCAAAAGCUGCACCAAAAAUAUUCAGCAUGAAGCGACAAAUUCAAAGUUUAAAGCGAAACAAAAUUCCUUGUUCUGAAAAGCAAAGAGUUCCUCAAAAGAAAAGCCCCACAGCGAAGUUAGACAAAAAGCUUCGCGCAGUAAAACUCGGGGAGAUUACAAAUACAACAACAACAACAACAACAACAACAACAAGUAAACCAACAAACAAAGAAAUAACAACAACGACAACAAAAAAAUCCACUCGAAGUAGAACAACAAAAGUUCAACCAACCGAACAAGAAAACCCAGUUUUAAAAGACACAGUAAUGAAAUACGACAAUGAAUUAAUAAACACGCACCUGAACAGGGAUGGUAGCGAAGAACAAGAAGAAGCAAGCAACAAUAGAUUUACUGAGAAUGAACUUUUGGAUCCACAACAAAAUGUUGCAAACCAGUACUUUAUAAACAAUAACGAAGAGCAACAAAAUGUGCAGAAUAACAACAUGUAUAACCCUUAUAACACAUAUUGGGAUAGGUAUGUUAAAUAGAUAUAAUUUUGCAUGACUUUAGUCUGAAGUGAGGACGGAAUUGUGUUAACCAUUGGUGUUUCAAAGAAACGAAUUGCUCAACAACUGCAAAAAGAUGUAUGACUAGUUCGAAGAAUAUAUAAAAAAUUAUAUUAAGCGAUUUAACAUCAUGAAAUCGUUAUAAGCUUUAUAAAGAGCACUUAUGUACCUGGAAUGCAACGUUUUAGCUGCAGAGAUAUACUGUAAGGAGACAGGAUCCAAUAUCCGAAUGAAUUCAAUUCGUAUGCAACAUGUUAAAGGACAAUAAAAAUCUAACUUUUUUAUACCAUUUUUUUUGAUUAUGCAAACAUUUUAUUUUCAAUAUGUUUUUGUUAGUGGUAAAAAAAUAAAACAUAUAUUGUAAGU